AGGCAGGGAGGGGAAGAGUGAGGGGUUGUGGAGGGAAGCGGAAGAAGGAGGCCCCGUGGGACGCCAGGGUCUGGGGGAGAGCAGGUAGCAGUGAGCUGCUCCACAGCUGUCACAGUGUCUCAGAGUGGCAGUGGCUGCUAUGUAGCAGGUGCAGCCUGUACUCUCCCCAAGUCUUCACUCCACAAAGGCGACGACCGGCCAAGGCAGUAGCUGGCCCUGGAUUACACAAGUGCAGACACUCUGCGAAGUGAGCUGGAAGACCCAGGGGAAGGCCGAGGCUCAGGUGCCCACAUGAUCAGCACAGCCAGGGUACCUGCGGAUAAGCCAGUACGCAUCGCCUUCAGCCUCGAGAAUGCCUCAGAUGAAACACCUCCCGACGAUUCCAUUCCUCUGGUCUUUCCGGAAUUAGACCAGCAACUUCAGCCUUUGCCACCUUGCCAUGACUCCACGGAAUCCAUGCAGGUGUUCAAACAGCACUGCCAGAUAGCAGAAGAGUACCAUGAGGUCAAAAAGGAGAUUGCCCUGCUUGAAGAAAGGAAAAAGGAGCUCAUCGCCAAGCUGGAUCAGGCGGAAAAGGAGAAGGUGGAUGCUGCCCAGUUGGCUCGGGAGUUUGAAGCCCUGACAGAGGAGAAUCGGACGUUGAAGUUGGCUCAGUCCCAGUGUGUAGAACAACUUGAAAAACUUAGAAUACAGUAUCAGAAGAGGCAGGGCUCAUCCUAACUUUGGUUAUUUGAUGUGAACAGGAGAAGUUGGUGAAAGCUAGGGGCUCACCAGAAGAUUUUUAUUUUAAAGGGAUAUUAAGCAAAACUAAUUACUUCUCUAAUUUACUCACACAGCAAAUGUCUAUAAUGAGUGUAAUGCUUGCGAGAUCUAGUUGGAGAAAAAAGUUAUUUUAAAGAAGAUAAGUAAAUGAUACCUAUCACCAGUCUAUGUUUUAAGAGGUCAUAAUUCUUUCCCAGAGAGCUAUAGUUCCCCUUUAUUUAGGAAGAUAUGAUCAUCUUGUACAUCAGGGGAGAAAAAGAUAAAAAUGAAAUAUUGACUGACUGCAAAGGCUCAUGAGUUGAACAUGAUUAAGCCAUGAAAUAAACCAGUAAUGUGCUCACUGCAGUUCCAUGUCUCUGUAUUUUUAAAUGUCUUGCCAUUCAUAUUUCACCUGUGCUCAGAUCUGAACUUCUCUGCAGGCUUUUCUGUUCCCCAGAGUUAAACUUAAUCCCUGAAUGACUGAUUGUACUCAGAAUAUGGUCACAUAUCAUACAAGCUUCCUCAUGAAAACAUGAGCAGAAGGCAUGCUUGUGCCAAAAACACCGUUGCCAGUGCUAACUUGCUGUUGUAAGAAAAAAACAGCUAAGGCUGCAUUUUCUUCAUGCCACGUUACCUCCUGGUAAACAUCUCUGCCUUGUGUGUAUUCUGGGGACACGGGGUACGGAGAGAGGGGUGGAAAAUAUUGUUUGGCUGUUACUUUCGUGAGUUCUCAUUAAACUAAAGUCAUUCGCUUUGGAUCUGAGGCACUGUUUUGGAUCAGUCAUGACUGAGGGGAAUAUUGGAGUGAAUCUAGGGUUUCAAUGAUUUCUCCCUGCUUCCACCAAGUACCUUCUCUCCCCGGAUUGAUCUCUUUGUCUUAUGUCCAUUUCUAUUGUUUUUCAUUAAACAUGGAACAAAACGA